CUCUCUUUAGCACCUAUUAUUUCACAGUUUACGCAUCCAUUAACUGGUUAACAACCUUUGUUUAUAGUUUGAAGAAGUUUUUUUGCAUUUGAUAAAUUUCCUCUGAUUAAUUCCAAGAGUGGUAAAGAAAAACAUUUAACGUUAAGCAUUAAAAUAAAGACUGAAAUAUUCGAUUUUUCUUGUUUUUAAGAUAUGGCUGCACUCUUUGCUUGUACGAAGUGCAACAGUCGUCAUCCAUUCGAAGAAUUGUCUCAAGGUCAACAACUUUGUAAAGAUUGCCGUGGAGCUUUUCCUCUUGUAAAGUGUACUUAUUGUAGGACUGAAUUUCAAGAUACAUCAAAAGGGAGUCCGUCUCUUGUGUGCAAGAAAUGCGAAGUAAAUGUUAAAUUAUAUGGAAAACCCAGUGCAUGUGAAUACUGUAACAUCAUUGCUGCCUUUAUUGGUGCAAAAUGUCAGAGAUGUACAAAUUCAGAGAAGCGUUAUGGUCCUCCGGUUACUUGUGAACAAUGCAAACAGAGAUGUGCAUUUGAUAGAAAAGAUGAUAGUCGGAAGAAGGUUGAUGGAAAACUCCUUUGUUGGUUGUGUACUUUAUCAUAUAAACGUGCUCUAGCUAAAACUAAGCAGAAUGCGGCUCAUCGUUCUUCCUCGAGCAAAUCAGGCCAUCAUCAUCACUCAUCACAGAAUCACAAACGAUCAUCAAGUCAUUCUAAUAAAGCAAAGAGAAGUGAUCAUUCUCCUAGCAAGAAGCCUAGAAUUGAAAUAUCAAAAUCUUCUAAUGGAAGUUUGCCUUCAAGUGAAAGUACCCUUCUAGAUACUGGGACUAGUGAUCAUGUAGUUGCCAUGCAUCAGUUAAAAGAUCAAAUAGCAUCCUUACAGAAACAGCUCUUGGUAAAAGAUCAACAGAUGCUAGCUAGAGAAAAACAGGCUGGAGAAGCGAAAGCUCAACAUGGAAUUAUAGAGCGAGAACUGAGACUCAAGAUACAGUCUAUGACUAAGUCUCAUAAUGAUAUAGUUGAAGAAUUACAGUCGAAAGUUAGAGUUCUACAGAAGCAAGUUAUCACUUUGUCCAAAAAUCAGAAGAAAGGUAGAGACACAGAUAGUCCCCAACGUUUAUGAGAAUAAUUCAACAUAAGGAACAAUGUUUUAGAAUUAUUAUUCAUACUCCAAUUUAAAUUAUUUUAUGCAACAUCGUAAACCAUCGUACCUCCAAUCAUGUGACUUAUAUAAUCUGGAUAAAUCAGGUUUGAAAUUUAAUUACAGCUUGUAAUUUUAAGAUACUUGAUUUAUCUUGAAUGGAUUUUGUCAUACUUCAAAGACAUAAACUGUUUCUUAUAAAAUUGUUUUUCUCUAUGUACAAAUAUUCAUUUAUAAAACCUACUACCUAAACCAUUCUAUUGUUUUUUCCAUCACAAUGAAUUUUAAGCUCAACUUUUUUGAAUAAAGUUGUUACGGUUGAGACCUUUGUGGUUUCAUUUUAACUCACAACAUACCUUUGUUUAGAAUUAACUUUGCUUUUGCUUAUAAUUUAGUGUGCCAAGCUUGUGUUGUAGAUUGAAGGGAGAAAUAAUUAAGCAAUUUAGAGCCUGCAAUUUUAAUUAUUUUUGAUCUUCAAGAUUUAUUUGUAGUUUGUUAAUAGUUAUUCUUUAAAUGAAUUUUCUCAUAUCCUAUUGUCUUUAACUGCGCACAGUCUAUCAUUUCCAUUAAAUUAAAUUAUUAAAUUGUUUUACAUGUUAAAUUAGCUAUUUUCUUGUGAGCAGUACAGAUGUUAAAAGAAGUUAUGCCUUUAUUUACAGGAUGUUAUCUGCACUGUACCUAUACAAUAUUUUUACUACCCCUAUUAUCUCUUUCCACUUGAAGAAAUAAUUAAAUGCACAUUUACUUAGUUGUCACCAGAACUUAUUUUAUUGUUUUGUGAAUCAAAAAAUAUAAUUUUAAGUGUUAAUUUUUUUUUUUUUUUUUUUCUCCUGGAAAGAAGGAUCAUAAUCAAAAUUUGGCAAACUCGUGCAUCAUCAGGAAUAGCAUCUGAUUGGAGACAUUUAAAUGAAAAAGAUUCACUUAUCUGCCUUUCCUAUAAUCAUCACUAAUCUGCAGUGAUUAACUUCAUUCUCAUAUUUGUCACCCCAUUUGUUAGGAGGGAUUGUUAAUGUAAGGGGAGGUGAUCUGGAUAGUUAAAUCCAUCAAGGAUCCUAGGAAACCAGAAACCUUAUUUUCUAAUUACUUCUGAAGGAAAAAGUAAUUUUGCAUUUCUUUGUAAAAACAUCUGCAUUAAAAAGAGAUUGAAUCAUCUACUUGUCCUUAAUCUAAAGGCUUUUGUAAAAAUUUAUGAAAAAUAUUCUUUAAUUAAAAAAUAUUUAUAAAUUGUUAAGUUUUAUGAACAUGAAAUUUUCUGUUGUCUUCUGCAUAUGACAAAUUUAUAUAGAUAUUGUGUACUAUUACCAAUCAUGUAUCACUGUUAGUGCAAUGAUUAAUUUCAUAACUUUAAACUGCAUUUAAAAACAUGUUGUAUAAAAAUAUUAGGUAUCUUUUAAUGAAUUACAUAUAUCAGUAUGCUUAUAGAAUAAUUAACUUUGUUUGUAUUAUCUUGUAAAAUACAAAUAAUAAAUAGAUUUUGAUUUUAAUAACAAUGUAAUUGGUGUGUUGUAUAUAAAAUAUUUACUUUGUGGUAAAAUUUCGCUUCUAUUUUAUUUAAAUAAAAAUAUUUAUUUUGUAAUGUUGACAUUUAUACUUCAUAAUAGCUAAAUAUUUUGCUCUUAAAUCAUAUUUUUAGGAAAAGCAAUAUGUUAACAUUUUUAAUAUCCAUCGUAUUUUUUUAAUCAUGUAUAUGUGAUAAGUCUUUUUCCAUGCAAAUUUAUUUAGCUACUGUGAAGUUUUUGUUAUUGUGUAAUUCUAUUUCUUAUUAUAAAGCAUAAGAUUCUCAAUACUUCUUAAAAAGUAUGAAAAUUUGCAAAUUGAGUCAUAAGUUCUCUGAUUAAUUUUUGAAUUUUCUCAAAUCAUUUUUUGUUUCAAGAGUUGAAUGUGCAAUGUCUGUUUUUGCCCAAUUUUUCUUUAUUAAUUAAAAAAGUGUUGAUUUAAUAUAAAAACAUAUAUUUCAUUGGUAUAUGAUAUCAGUGAAUUCUUACUUUUUCUGUCUUUAUGUGCCCAUCUAGACAGACUUUAUCUUUUAAUUUAUAUUUCAAAUCUGAUUCUUACAAAUCAAUAAAUAAAAGAUAUAGAAAAUAUCAUGCAUACUGGCAGAGUGCUUACGUAAUAAAAAUUAUUUUCAGUACACUUUAGAUGUAAACUUAUAAUAAUAAUAUUAGAAGUUUUAUUUCUUUACAAUGAAAUCUUCUCUCUCCAUAAUGUUUCCAGACGUUCAAAUCAACACUAAUAACUGAAAUCAGAUUGAAAUAAAUAGUAGUCCACUAACAGAAAAAAAAUGUAAUGACAAAAAAAAAAAAAAAUAAUAACCUUCAAUUUGGUGUAAUAUAAAGAUGAAUCAGUAUAAAUAUAAAAUUAUCGAUCUAUUUAAACAAAAAAAAAAAAAAAAACUAUCUCAAUUGCUAAAAUGGAAGUUAGGAUUUCGCAUCUGAUAGUGAUGCCGACCAAAAGGGCACUGAUAUUUUUAACUCUGCCCAUAUUGCAGAUGAUGCAAGGCAAACAUAUAUAUUGAUGACACUGAAAUUAUUGAAUUUAGAUUGCUUCUGCCGUUUCUGAAAAGCAAGCAUAUUAAACAUGUAAGACGAAUUUUAUAUAUAUAAUUUGUAAAUGUGUGUUUGUGCUUCAGAUGUAAGAAUUUACCAAUCUUGUAAUAAAAAUAGAAUUUUAAAUUGUAUAUUUGUUUUCUGAAUUAUUACACAUAUUAAUCUCAGCUUUGGCAGCAUUUAUCAAUGUGAAAAUUUUCACUUUAUUCACAGUUGUUAAUAGUGAUGAGUAUCUUAACAGCAUGAUUUCUUUCAUCUGAUAUAAGUUUUAGUAAUUAGACACUUUUAUAAAUUGAACUCAAAUUUUUUAAAGCCUUCUUGCAUAUGCAUAAAAAAAUAACACAAAAAUCACUAUUGUAAAUUAACACAGAAUGUUGUUUCUUAGAUCUGGAACUUUCAUUAUUUAGAAAUAAGUAAUUUGUAUAGAAAAAAUUCUUGUAUUGCUUGUUUUCAAAUUUAAUCAUUUACACUGUCAAAUAUGCAGUGGAAAGCAGUUGGUUAGAUUUUGAACUGUAAGCUAAAAUUUUAUAGCGAAUGUAAAUCUAUUGAAUGGUAAUUUGUUCAUUGAUUGUUCAGCUAUCUAUCUUAAAAUUUAAAAACUAAAGGAGAAUAUUUUUAAAUGUAAUCGGAACUGCAGAGGAAAUAAAAUUAUGAAAUUCAAUGACCUUAUCUAUGAACCACUGAUAUGGUUCAAUUUAUAAGUUCUAAAAUAACUAUAUUACACAUUCAUUAAGAAAUUCUUCCUCUCCUUUAUUAUUAUUAAAUAACUCUGGACAGCAUUUUUAUGGCUCAUAAAUUCUUUACAUGGAAUGCAUGUUAGAUUUAAACUCGGUUAUCAAUGAUAUCCAUUUUACAAAAACAGAGCUGUGAUUAUGAUACUGCUUCUGUUAUAUCUUAAAUCAUGUUAUUGUAUCAAAUUAUGAACUUGUUUUUCUAUAAGAAUACUCAAAAUAUUUAUUUUGGUAGAGUGUUUUUAUAUUUAUAUUGUAAAUUUGGUUAUGCUUAUUUAUAUAUUUGAAUUUAAUUUUUGAGUGAGGGACUUGAAUAUUUUUAAUUAUAUUUCAAGUUUGUAUUUAUUAUUUUUAUUGAGAGCUUGACAUAUAGAAUCAUGCAUUGUAUUCAUUUCAUUAUCAAUGGAUUAAUUUUUAUUAUUAAAUUUGAGUGCUUCUAGUUUUGCACUUUAAAUCCCAAAUAUUCAUGAAAUCUUGAUUUUGCCAUUUGAUUCAUUGAAUUCAUUUUCAUGUAUGCAAAAUAAUGGAAAAAUUGUAAAAUCUUAUUUAUAUCUAGGUUAUAGUUGAUAAAUGGACAGAAUUACUGUUAUGUGGUAUAUUUUAUUGGAUGUUUAAUAUUUUAAAAUGUAUUUUUAGCUUAUAAUUUGAAAAUCUGCCUGAAUUUUUACAGCAGUUUAGUUGAUAAUUAUGCUUACAAUUAGGUAUGAGUAACAUAUUGUAUUAAAGAAUGCUAUUGUGAUUUCUUGGUAAUUUUUGUCAUUUAGCUCUUUUUUCUUCAGUUUGUCUUUAAAUAAUUAGAAGAGAUUCCUAAGGAUUUUUUUUAUUCAGGAUAUAUUUUCAUCUAAUGUUAGUGGAAUUCUAAGAAUUCAUUCUGCUGAUAUAACCUCUUCAAAUAAAACAAUCAAACUUUCGUAUUUGUUAAUAAACCUAUAUUUGUAUUUAAGAACUGUUGUUAUUAUAUUGGUAGACAUUCUAUAGAGAUGAAAAUACAUAAAAUUUUUGAUUAUGUUGAACAGUCAACAAAGAAAUUUAUUCAUAUAACCUGAUAUCUAUUGACAACUUUUGCAUUAUUGAAUAAAUAGAGAAGUUGGAAAACAUAAGCAGUGGCAAUUAAUUUUAUUUCUAAUAAUUAUUGAUUUCAACAAUAUAACAUUUCUAUUUGUAAAUUACAAAAACUAUCAAGAAAUAUACAAUUUGCAUGUCUUUUUAUGUGAUGAGUAUAUGUUUGAAAAAUAUGUGAGUGACUAUAUGAAUUAUGACUGUUUUUGUUUGAAAUGUAAUAAGAAUGGUUGACACUGUAUCAUGAAUUUAACAUUUAAUAUAUAAUUAGUGAUGAAUUUAAAUAUAAUUAGUGAUGUCUUGUAUUUUAUUUUUUAUUAAACUUUUUACACAUUCUG